CCCACUUCUGAGUUCUGAAGAUCGAAGAUCGAAACGGAGGAACUGAGCACUACCUUCUACGCUGCAUCUCGCUUCAAAACUUCUGCGCAGAAAUUCCUCCAAACCCUCAGAAAUCUACCACCUGCCGCUGAUUACCUUGCUUUUCCAUAACUCUUUCGCAGAACACAAACAUGAGAGGCUUCCUCUGGUUCGCUACGCCUCCGGUUCGGCAUCGAGCCCGAGCUUGUCGUUAUGGAGGCGGAAGAAGGAGAUGACCAAAGAGGGAUUGAUUGCGGCCAAGGAGCUCAAGCGGUUCCGCUCCGAUCCUGUUCGUCUCGAUCGUUUCAUCCGGUCCAAUGUUUCUCGCUUGCUGAAAUCCGAUCUCCUUGCUGUUCUCGCUGAGUUCCAGAGGCAGGACCAGGUUUUCCUCUGUAUGAAGGUUUGAUUCUUUCCUUUUUCUUUAAUUCUCAUACAGUUAUUCCGUCCAGUAUUGAAGCGAGCAGUUCUUUUUAUAGUUGAUUGUAUUCAUAUUUUGGUUUCUAGCAUUUUCUUGUUACUGUUCGUGUCUGCAACUCUCUUCAGGGUAUUUUUAACAGUUUUUAAUAUUGUCAAUUGUAAAUUGCUAAUGGAGGAAGGUUUCAUUCCCUUCAUUUGGCUGCCUCCAGUUUCAGACUUUCAGUCUUUGCUUAUAAUGUUAUCUGUCUCUAAAGAAUGUUAGCACUUAGCAAUUAGCAUUCCUCCCACGUUUAUAGAUUGGGAAUUGGUGCUUGUUUCCUGAUUCUUGUACUUCAUUGUGUGCUUCUGUUCAAGGAUCUUACCUUCAAGGUACUACUUUAAGUGUAAUCAAGAACCUUUUAAGUC